AUGAUCGGUGCUCUCGCUGCCAAACUCAAUUUGGACAUAUACCUCGUUAACCUGGGCGGUAAGAGUCUCGACGAUGACAAACUUCAAGAAUUGUUACAAGCUUGUCCCGGCAAAUGCCUCUUACUGAUGGAAGACAUCGAUUGCGCGUUCACCACCAAAAAGCCUCAAGACGAAGAAGAGGUUCACCCACCACAACAUCCCAACUCCCCUGCUUUGGCCAACGCGAUCAGGAAUGGGCAAUUACCCAAAUUUGCCAGACAGUCAAAAGAAGGUAUCACCCUCUCAGGCCUUCUGAACGCUCUGGACGGUGUGGCUUCGGGUGAAGGUCGAUUAUUGUUCUGCACGACUAAUUGGAAAGAUAGAAUUGAUUCAGCUUUGUCCAGACCAGGCCGAUGUGACAUUUGGAUAGAAUUCAAACACGCUACCAGAUCCCAAGCUAAAUCGCUAUUCGAGUACUUUUAUCGAUCCGACCCCGAUUCACAAGACACUAUUAACGAAGAUGAGAAACCAGCGAUGGAUAUCACAUCCCUCGCCGAAGGAUUUUCGUCGCAUAUUCCAGAUGAUGUAAUCUCCGUAUCGGCUCUGCAAGGGUAUUUGAUGAGGCAUAAGAGACAACCUGAAUUGGCUGUUGAGAAUGUACGAUCAUGGGUCGAAAAGGGCUGUGGACAAGGUCCGACUCCGUUGUUACAUGAUGGGAAAGUUGAUCUCAAGGUUAUUGGUAAUACCGUGGAAACUGAUACAGAGAAAGCCAAGGUGAAGGUAAACGGAGUCAAGGUGAAUGGUCAUAUGGAGGAGGAGAAAGGUGAAGAUAUGGUGGAUGAGGCGUAA